GUCGUGGAGGGAGGGAGCGAGCAUGGCGGACUCGCAGCUGCUUUGCCUGGACGACACUCACGUGAACGAGAGGCUCAGCGAGCACCAUCCGCGUUACUACUACAGCGAGGAGCAGCGGCGGGCUCUGGAGCUCUUGGUAGCCAAGGGGGAAAAGGCCUACAAGGAGCAGGUGAAGAAAGAGCAAGUGCGCGACUUCCUCUCCAGCCAGGAGUUGCAGGCCUUGCGGGGCGGCUGGCGCCCUUACGAUGCCCUCCUCGAGGGCGGCAAAGCGCUCACCGGACCCUCGGAGAAGCCCCUUUCACUGGCCUACUGGCCCGAGCGCUCCGACACCGAGAUCCCACCGCUGGACAUGGGCUGGACCCACAACACUUUCUACCGGGGAGUUACUCGCUUGGCUCUGCAUACGCACCCGCGCAAGGAAGACAAUGCGCCUCACGUCAAGCAAGUGGCGCGCGAAAUGAUCCAGCAGGCGCAGAAGAUCAUUGCAAUAGUAAUGGACCAGUUCACUGAGAGGGACAUCUUCCGGGAUACUGUAGAUGCAGCAUAUAAGCGUCGGAUACCAGUCUAUAUAAUCUUGGAUGAAGAAGGCUCUAAGUUCUUCCUGGAGAUGUGCAAAUGUAUGGAGCUUAGCGAUUUCCAUAUCCGGAAUAUCCGUGUGCGUUGUGUGACUGGAGUUGGGUUCUACAUGCCAUCAGGGAAGAUCAAAGGCAGUUUGGCCUCCCGUUUCCUGAUGGUGGAUGGUGAAAAAGUUCUCACUGGAUCCUACAGUUUCACGUGGACAUCAUCCCACAUAGACAGAAACAUUCUCUUGUACUUGACUGGGCAACACGUGGAGAUGUUUGAUAUUGAAUUUCGUGAGCUCUAUGCCAUUUCAGAGGAGGUCAAUCUUUACAAGGAGCUGAACAUUCCAUGCCCUUUCCGUCAAGGUGUCGGGAAACUGGGAUUUUCCUCCUCCACUGUGGCACGGAAGGUUAUCAACCCCAAAUAUGGACUGGUGGUGGGGCUUCCCCCGGGAGAAAUGAUGCGAUGGGCCUCCCGCCAGAGGCAGGAGUCACAAGAGAAACUAGAAGGAAGGGAAGAGGAAAGCGAAUCCAAGAAGAGACUACAUAGUUUUCUGAAUGACCUUAUAACAUUGGAGCAGGUGCUGCCAGAUAUUGAGCCUCCACUUGAAGACGUGAACAGAGCAAACCGGAGUCCUCAGAAGUUUCUUCCCUGGUUCAACCGGGACCUGAAAUAUAAAUCCAAAUCCAGAGAAUCCAUCCGUGACCUCAAGAAGGACGAUGUUGCUAAUGGGGAGGCUGGUUCCAAACAGGGCAAGAGGUUUGGCAGCGGAAUUUUCAAAAGGGCCAAGCGACCACCGCCUUUGAAUAUUGAUGCUAACUCUCUUACCAGUGAAGCUGCUGAAGACUUUGUGAUUGUGAAGGUACCAAAGGAAAGCCAGGCCCCCACUCACCCUAUUAGUGCCCGCAGUAGUGGUGGCAACUCAGGUAAAAUGAGUCCAAAUUCUCUUCCAGGGGAAAAAGCCAAACAGUCAACCUGUGUCAUCUCAUGACAGAAGAAAAAGCAACUGAAAAAUGUAGCAUCCAAAAGGCCACGUGCUGACAUAUACAUCUGUGGGCUUCUUUCAGACCUACAGUCCGAUUUCCUCACAGUGGUUUGUAUAACCACUUCUGUGUCCAAGAUAGAGCUGGUACUUCCAUUUAAAGUACAUGUGCUGGGUAAAACAUGACCUGGAAGAUUCCUAUGUGAAGGGGUAGCAACAUUAACUAAUAACUGCAGUAACUGGAUUUUAAAUCUAGCCUGCCAAACUUCUUCAUGGUGGUAUUUCAAUUUGUAUGGCUACAGACUUGAAAGAACAUUGUUGCAUUGUUGGUUAUUGUUCUGCACUUUUAUUAUUUUUGUGUUAAAAACUUAAAUCAAAGAUAAAAGGUAGAUUCCAGAGGAUUUUGUUUACUUAAGGUAGUGUUUAUAACAUCUCUACCCCCCUUGUAUAAUUUAACUAGGCCUUCUGUAUUCUUGCUCAACCUGUUCAGUAAACUUAAUCUAUGAGUAGACAACCCGUGACACAGAUGCUAGUAGUACCAUAGGCAACAAGGGAUUGUGGUAUGCCUAGAUAAAAGCAGGUGGGACCUUGGUCCUGGCUGUGUCAUAGAUUCAGUCCCAUCUUUCUGCCUGCCUCUCUGGAGCUACAUAGCUGCCUACCAGGAGACUAAAACAUUAUACUAAGGUCUCUUG